GCUUCGUCUUCUCCGACCUGACAACGGGACUGGCCGCGCGAGUGAUUUUGACAUGCCUCGUAGAAGCCGUGCGAAGUGCGAGCAGUGAGUGCGUCUGGGGUGUUCGGACUGCGUUCGCCGUAUUGUUCUCCGCUGUUGUUCCUGAUUCGCGCCGCCCGUCUUCGGCCCCGUCUGAACUUUGCACCGGGUGCUGCUCGACCUCUCGCUAUCCUCGAAGUCGCUGUCACUCUGUGAUCUGGUAUUCGUGAAUGGCGGGGGCACCAGGUAUCGCGUCAUCGGUAGCUCGUCGGCGUGCGUCACGUAUGCGUUGAGACGAACUGCCUCGCGUCUCGCACCCGGCGCCUCUUUGAGCGAUGCUAAAGGACGCGUGAGCUGUUGUGUCAAGUGGAUGCUGCUCCUGCUGUGGGGUGUUAACGUAGUUUCGUGGACUUUUAUUUUUCUCUGGCGUUGGUGACGGAUCGCGCAAGCUUUUCUUUUCCUGCGGUGUACUGAGACGUGCGGUGUCUCGUUCGGGUUAUUAAACUUAAGAUUUAGCUUCGGGAGUGUGGCCCGGGCGCGCUGGGCAAAAAUUUGAACGACUCACUUUAGCAGUUACGCGACUUUCCCAGAUCGAACAGGUUGUCCGUAGAUCGCGAACUUACACAGGAACUUAAGAUCUGCGAUUUCUCAGUUUCACCGCUGUGGGAUCUCGCCGCCACAGCUCUUCUCUUCAGCGUCGGGUUGGUAAGGCUGAAGUGACGAACGGAUGUUAUCGCUUUGAGAGCGUUAGCGUUCCUUCAAGGUUGUUGCUGCUGAAAAUGCCACGAUAAAUUGGUAGAGUCCUUCACUCACAGGCCCUUGUUUACUGCAAAGAUUAGCUGCUUGUAUACAGCACUCUCGUUUAAAGUUAUCGUUUAACAUAGUUCGGCUCGUUCAGUAUGGUCAGUGGUGAGCAAAGCUGUCACGGCCCUGGCACUGAGCAGCUUUCUUUCACGUCGUACCCGCGUUCGCCGCACUUUGUGGUAGCCGUUCGCGUUCUCCCUCGCAUUUGCAUUUCCGCAAGAUUCGAUCACAAGAACGGCAACGUUUCGUUGCAAUCGGCCGCACCUCAGCCGAUGGCUAGUGUUCUCGGGGUGCCGCCGAUUAGUGCUUCGACGUGCCCUUGCGGAACGGGUAGUCGUGCCAGUGCUUGUUCGACGCGACCACGGCCCGAGCUGCCUCGAUUCUCCGUCGAGUCGAACCCACGACAGCGUCGAGAGGACGAACCGCCCCGUGUCUCCGCGUCUCCAGAAUCGGAGCCGUUGACAAUGCCUACGGCGUGUCACGUGUCCUCGCGGCAUCUGGACGACGCCUUCGCGCGCUGUGGCGCUUCCUGCGUGGUCUCGCAGUCGACUCAGCCAGUCGACGAGGACGACUUCGACGCUACUGCCAACGUGCUAUGUGCAGCCAUUCGCAAAGUUGCUUCCCAAAUGAAUGGCAUGGACACCGGUCCGUCGGUGCAGUCUUCGCAGCAGAAUGGGACGCUGCACGGCUCGUCGGCGCAGCAGCAACAGCAGGGCUCGGCCGAGGACUCCAAGACCAACUUGAUCGUCAACUACCUGCCGCAGACCAUGACGCAGGAGGAGAUCCGAUCGCUCUUCUCCUCCAUCGGAGAGGUCGAGUCCUGCAAGCUCAUCCGGGACAAAGUCACCGAAGGCACCUCACCACCGAUCCGUCAAAGCCUAGGCUAUGGCUUCGUGAACUACGUCCGUCCGGAGGACGCCGAGAAAGCAAUCAACACGCUGAACGGACUGCGAUUACAGAACAAGACCAUAAAGGUGUCGUAUGCCCGCCCUAGUAGUGAGGCUAUUAAGGGUGCCAACCUGUACGUCAGCGGACUGCCCAAGUCCAUGACUCAGCAGGAUUUGGAAGGGCUCUUCUCUCCCUAUGGCCGCAUCAUCACUUCGCGCAUCCUCUGCGACAACAUCACCGGUCUGUCCAAGGGCGUCGGCUUCGUGCGCUUCGACCAGCGCGUGGAGGCCGAGCGCGCCAUCAAGCACCUGCACAACAGCGUGCCGGCCGACGGGGGCGCCACGGAGCCCAUCACCGUCAAGUUCGCCAACAACCCGAGCAACAACGCCAAGGCGAUCGCGCCGCUGGCCGCCUACCUGUCGCCGCAGCGACGCUUCCCGGGGCCCAUACACCACCCGGCUAACCGCUUCAGCCGGUACUCUCCGCUGGCGGGUGACCUGCUGGCCAACCCGCUGCUGGCCGGCUCGGCCAUGAACGGCUCCGGCUGGUGCAUCUUCGUGUACAAUCUGGCGCCGGACACGGAGGAGAACCUGCUGUGGCAGCUGUUCGGCCCGUUUGGGGCCGUGCAGAGCGUCAAGGUCAUCCGAGACCUCCAGACCAACAAGUGCAAGGGCUUCGGCUUUGUCACCAUGACCAACUACGACGAGGCGCUGGUCGCCAUCCAGAGCCUGAACGGCUACACGCUCGGCAACCGCGUGCUCCAGGUCUCCUUCAAGACCAACAAGUGCAAGUCUUAAGGCGCUCGUCUACAAACACGUGCAGACACACACACAGACACACACACAGGCACACUUACACACACACACACUCACACUUUUCUGUUCACCCCACCAUCCGGUGCGUGUGUGCGUCUUGCUGAAGACAGAUCGUUAUCUGGGUAGGCAACCGUGAGGCUCUUCUGAAGGACACAUACGCAGUUAUUAGGGUCUAAAGCUGGAAUAAGUGUUAAAUAAUUGCAUGUGCACUGAAGCCCAAGCACGAGUGAUCGUGCAAAAGCGUGUCCAUUGCUUUUUCCGCUGCUGUUGUCAUUUGGCAUUGCCUGAGCGAGGACAAAGUAAUGGACGCAAGUUUCCCGACGUCCAUACAGGUAAAAAAGAAGAUUAGUCAUUUUACUGCGCCAUGCUUCUCAAUAUUUCAUUUAGUGAUUGAUUUAUUGAAUUAAGGAGCAUAAUUUUGUACCGGAAAAAAUCAUUCACCGAUGAAGCUUUUAUUGGUAAGCAGACUAAGCGCUCCAUUUCGGUUUGUCCUCGUAAACACUAUACGAGGGUUCGAAUCGCUCGUGAAAUCAUUGGCUUUCCCGAACAUCCUUCAGCCCUGACGGCCUUACGGGCCACACUGUUGUACCGGAUGGUCACGCAGACACAAGCUUUACCCACUCCCCCUUUUAUUGCCUAUCUCCCCUCCCCAACCUUUGUCUAAACAAAACAGGGGAAUACCGACGAGUACGAUGUUCUUUAGAAAGCAUCCCUUCAGUGAAUCUGGUACAGAACACACAGAGGUGGAAACUACAUCCCUUGGAGACACACACACAACACACGACACAUUUUGCUCACCCAGACAGCGGCACAGACCGACACUGAGACCGGAGAACCCUUCUCGUCAGCCCUUCACCGAAUGACUCUUUAAAAAGCGCUGAUGACGUUUGACGCUGGGAGACGGGAAGCAAGAAACGGGAAACUGGAGCUGAAAAACCAGAACGCUAGGGCCCUACGAACGCGAUACGCCGACUGUUUGUCGAAGAGAAGGGAAAAAAAAAUUCGCCCGUGCAUUUCUGCUGACUCUCUCAACUUCCAAAUGGAUAGAGACCGCGUGUUUAGUAAGUUCGCGCGCAAAUCGCUUCUAAGAGAUGGCAUCGUGCUAUGUUGACGCCUUUAAUCGAAUUCAUUUCUUGGACUCUUGAUCAUUGGAUCGUAGAAGUAGGACCAACUUCGUGAUCUUACAUUGCUUGUCAACAGGUCGCUGCUACAUAAUAGAAACUGCGUGAAAUUACGUCAUUGCACACACGCACGAUCGCCGUUGACUCCUGAUUUUGCGAAGGUUUUCUAAAGUGCAUCGCUGAGCAGGAAUUUUGGGAAUGUCGGAAUGGGGAUGCACUUUGGAUUUCCACGUCAGAAAGAAAAAAGAAAAAAAAGUGCAGGAAUGGAAUCUGCUAUAACUGCUUUGUUUAAUGUCAAUCGCCAUUGUGUUUGCGUGCUUGAAAGGGACGCUGCAUAUCAUGUUGACCUAAACCUUGUAAGGAAAGCUUUGAGGUGUUUUGCAGAACUUUACGUUUCCAGGCUGAUUGAUCAUUUAGCGCUUCGCUCCGGUCACUGGUUAUCAAAGGCGGUUCUUAGGUUGGGAGAAAAGAAAGGCGUGCUUAACGCGAAAACGUAGGUGCCCGCGCUCGUGCGUGACACACACACCCAAACAGAAACGACGUGAGGAGUCGCUAGCCUAUGAUGCUACACUACUGCGCCGUUGUAUCGACGGCAGCCCAAGUCGUAAUAACAGAAAUGCAAAACGAAAAAAAAAAUGACACGAGAAAUGCAUCCCUGACACCUUCAUUUAUCGCCUGCGCAAACUCUUAGGCUGUCGGAACGAUUUUUCCCUCGUUGCCCUGGCAUGUGUGAAACUUCUUAUUUUACGAGUGUCAUAAGGCUUUGUAGAGAAAGAAAGUGAGGGAUGGACAUCUCUCGUUUCUCGGAGAUGGCUUGGUUUUUCUGGGGGGAUAUCGUGCAGAAGUAUAGGAAACCUACAUUCGACAACAUAGUUGUGGACAAUGUUGGUAACGAGGCACAGAUGGAUGAUGUGAGAAAUAAUUAGCUUGCUUGCAGUUAAGCGCACAGUAAUUAACUUAUAUACGAUAGUACCGGAAGGUACCAAAAAAGUGGAACUUCGAGUUUAUUAUUUGCUGCAAACGCAAGUAGUCGCAGCUUUGCUGACGUUGAUAAUAGAAAGAACGACAGAAAGCUGAACAGCACAGUCCUCUCUGCUGAGCAGCUAGCAGCUACGCCUAAAUUGGCUAAAUUGUGACUACUCGCACCGGAAAAGAAGAGACUAGUCAGUCGUUGUGUAGUGUACUUAAUGUGUCUAUUUAUCUAUUUAUUGAACUAUUUAUGAAAAAAAAAACAUUUAUUUAUUUAAGUAUUUCGUCCUCUCCGUUGGGACGUUGACAACCAGUCGUCUGGCGCGCAUGCAGCAAUCUCGUCGGCUUGCGAGAUCCUCUGCAAAGCAAGUGAAAACGCCGUCUGCUACAGAGCUUUGCUCGUCCACUAGUCCUCCUGCGGCCAAAGUACUUAAUAGGUCAGUCGCAUCACCCGUCGACGUUUGGACUGAAAUGCGGAGCCUUUCUUUUUUUAUUACGGAAACGUGAGCAACGUGUGGAAAACGUUCAAAUUUUGAGCAAAUACAUAUUUUGGACACGUAAAUUGAAAGUUUUGAUACAAAUUUAUAUAGAUAUUUUUAUUCCUAUUGGCUUUCUCUGCAUCGUAACUUGAGCGAUAAUUCAAUGGAUAGGUUCUGGGGUAGUACUGAGAAAAAUGUGCCGAGUGGGGCUCUAAAUUAUGGCUCUGGAAGUUUUUAAGGCGCGUUGAAUUCUUUUGGUAGUAAACUAAGUCAUUUAUUCAUUAUAUCCAAGAUUUAUUCUUUGUUCAUUUUGAGCUCUUAGGCGUUCGUACUUAAGCAUUAAGCAUUCAUUUUUUUCUGCCAACUCUUCCUGUAACAUAUUCUUGCACGAAACGCUUCAACUCAGUUUGAGGUUAGGACAGUGAAGGGUUGCCUGUGAAAGUGUAAUUAUACGUAGUGUGCAUUUGGCGUUGUACUAUGUUGUACACAUUGUAGAGUGUGCGUGGAACUUGUAAGUGGAAAAAAAGUAUAUGUUGCCCGUGGAUCGUCAUUUCUUUCCAAUUGUAAAUUUCGUUUCUUGCACACUAACUUAUCGUACACUUUUCUAUCGCACGAAGCUUCGGAGGCGAGGCUGCCCGGUUAUCUGUAGGUAUAGUGUGUCAGUUGUCCAGUGUUAUCUGCAGCGCACAAGCCAUUUCGUGUACGCUACGUCACUGUCUUCCGUCACGUUGCUAUCCAGAGCAACGCAGAACGUGUGUAUCGCGAGGAGCUACCAGAUACACAGUGAACCAUAAAUCAAGCUAGACGAUUGUUUUGUUUCUAAAGAUAACGCUUGCUCGCCAUAUCCGUCGGAAGAAAAGCUUGGAGGUAGCGCCCACAUGAGACAGAUCUGUAAAAAGAGAAAAGUAAAAGAAAAAAAAAACAGAACAUGCGUGAUUACCGUAAUCACUACCUCUUGCCGUAACCAAAGGGCUCAUAAGAGCAUGCCUUCAAUUCGCUGUUCAAUAUCGCUUCGGAUGCUCCUUGCGAUGCGCACCACUUUUUGAGAUUUGUGCGAGUCGCUUGCGCCGCUAUCUAUCGGAUGAGGAUAACUAAAUUACCGCGUGAACUGUAUUCUUAUGAAACUAGGGGUGGUGUGCAGAAUACACAAGGUGUAAUUGGAGAACCAGCCAGCUUAGAUCUAGUAUCGAAUGUUCUAUACGCCUGUCGUUUACACAUUUAAAGAUUUACGUUUCACAAAAAGACUUGCUACUGGAAGACAAGUCCUGAGCGUUACUAGUUUAGGCAGUGAAACGAUAUCCCCUCUUUGAUGCAGGGGCAUAGUUUGCAGUAGCUUGCAAAAAACUUGGGGCAGUGUAGGAUUAUGCCAUGACUACGAUGGAGUGCUGGUUUCAACAAGCGCUUUGUUACACCUCGUAAACCAUUUGAUGAAACUAGCGCAAGCACUCGCACAAAUCGUGACAUAGUACUUUAUCUUAUCUUCGUUGUCGAAGGGCCGCAGGCAGCUGUCGCCGCCGCCGUAUUGAGUGAAACUCUAGUCCUCUCGCUGACUCACCAACACAGAAAAAAAAAGUCAUGCAUCCAUCGAUUUGUCAUGUGGAAAUGGCCCGCAAGAAGCGUACAGUGCUGAUCUCAGGUCUUUGUCACUCACACGUGUGUUCGAAUCUUUGUACACUUUGGUCAGAACAUUGUGCGUCUAAUUGUCCGUGUGCAAAGCACUUCUCCUCUAUCACGUGUGUUUCAUAGCUUCGCUUUGGAAGGGCAACCUUGUCUCGCAAGGACAGUUUUUGUAAUUGUCACCCACAAUCCCCAAGUGGGGUUUUUCCUCUUCGAAGCCAGUCGAUGUUCUUAACGCAAGUGAAUACGGUCCCGAACGUUGUCGAUCCAGCGUAUGAAGCUUGGACAUCGCAGUCUGUUGUAUUUAAACACCGCCUAAUGCAUCAGCACAAUGUACGUUAAUACGCACCAACACCCUUUGCAAAAUGAUGUGCGAAUGUCACUCCUGUUAAAGAUGUAGAAAAAAUUGUGCUGAAUAUUUACGUUUCGCAUCUGUAUGAUUGUUCCUGAGCAUAUCUUGUGCGACACUUGAUGUUCCAGCGCACGAGAUUGCAAAAAUAUUUGUGUGUGUGGUUAUUUAUUAGAUUUUCAGCACCCUUGACAAUGUGCAUACCACCCUGUGAUGGUUUUAAUAGCGUUCAUGGAGAAAUGUGUGCGUUAACCCCCGUUUGUCGUUUAGAACUCUCUUGCUGCUUUGAAAGUGCGCAGUUUUGCUUUGUGUCGUGUGUUAUGUGCUGUAAGAGUUUUUAGCGGCUUUGCGACUCAAAUAUGACCCGGUGUGAUAACGUCUCGAGUGAGUGUCGAUAUGCUUAUCAUUUACUCGCUUGCGUCAUUGUAUAGGUGUGCACAUAUUCUGUAUCAUGUCGGGGCGUGUUUCUUUAAGGGUUGGGGAAGGAAGGGGAAGAACAAUCUGUCCUCUUGGCUGAGUCCAUCCCAGUCUUGAACCUAUGCAGCGCGAGAGUGAGUGAAAGAAAGGAGUUGAGGGGGGCAAUCACUCAGAGAAGCGACACCCGAUUUACCUCACCGACUUGCACGGACCAAUGGAAAAACUAGGAAAGUGCUCCGACAUGAGAGCGCAUGACCAUAAUGUAAAAAAAAAAGUUGAACGGAAACUAAAAAGCACACGCAUGCAGACAAAAACACACGAAUACUGACCUAAACUAUCACAAUUUAAAUGAAACGCAAACAAGGGGGGGUUUCCCUGUCAGGGGCUCCUCGGAAAAAAAGUGCAUGGGCCUCCUUGGCCGCAUCGCAUAGUUUUUUUUUUCUGUGCAUAAUUCAGGCAUUUAAGAUGAGUGAAAUUAUCUUCCUAGUAAUCACAUUUUAAAGUUGACUUUUACUCAUGAUCUUCAGACGGUCGUGCUUCUAGCAUCCUGAUCGAGCACUACAGAUCAGAGCCGAGUCAAAGAGAGGAAGGAGGUGAUAACGCAGUAGCUCGGUUUCACAGAGAAAUCGUGACUGCUUCCUGUGGCUGCGGUGCCCGUGAUCGCAUUUAGUCGAAACUCCUUUUUUACAUUCUCGGCAGGGCAAUGUAAAUCUGCCAAGUUUUAGAAACUCAACUCGACAUUGAGUUUAACAUUGCCAUUGACAUGUUGGUUGAGAACAAGCAAACGCACUCGUUCACAUGACGAGAAACAAUGCACACAAUUCACUGUGUACGUGAAGUUUGGUCGUAUUUGUCUUUUUUUCCUUUCAUUUGAUUGUACUGCUUGUUUAGAUUCAAGCUAUAUUUACAUCCAUAUAUUUAAGUUGGCACUAAGCUAGUCGCGUCUCACGUGCAUAAAUUAAUUUUUAUUUUGCCUAAUUUCACAUUGCUUUGUCUGUGAAGAAGUUCCUGUGUCUUUUUACGUUACAAGCACAUUGUGAGUUUCAUCUUUUGUUGUUUUCUCUGAAAGUUUGGUCAAGAAACCUUACUUUGUUUCAUCAUUUGCUUGAGUUGCACAUUAUCCCCGCCUGCUUGUUUUGCUGUCAAAGACUGACCUCAUUGCGAACAAGAACGCUUGUUUCGUCAAAUCCUUGGUUUGGGUUUGUUUUGAUUUGUUCAUUUGCUUUUGGCCUUGCGUUUGCCUAUGUUUUGACCCUGAGUUUCCACAUGCACCCGUUUGAAGCAUGAAAACAGUUCUUUAUGAAAAUGUACUACUUUGUCCAAUGCAACAUUACAAUACUGUCUGCCAUUCCGCUUUCAACGUUCGCAUAUUGUCUGUCAGAAAGAUCAAGAAUAUGCAUUAAAAGUAUGUCCCAUUUUUUAAACUGA